AGUCAUUUCAAGGUCAAAGGCGUGGUAUUUGAUCAGUCAGAGCACUGACAGACUCUUUUUGCCAUGCCGCAAAUCCCUUUGACACCCACGAUUCUCGUUGUGGGCCUUGCAGCCGCGGGUGGUGCAGCCAGCUUCCAACUCAUUUCGAUGAGUUUGUUCGUCUUGAUUCUCCUCUCUUGUGGUCUUCUGAUGGCUUGUGCUGCGGUGGGCCAACGCUCUGUACACUUUCUGGGCCAAGAUGAGCAGCUUCUCGUUGAAGGCUUCACUGGGAUGGAUGUUCACAAUGGUCCGGGCACAUUUUUCCUGAAUCCAUUUACACACCGAUCAGCAACUAUCAGAAAGGCUGAAACUCUCGGGACUAUGGAUUAUGUGAAGGUGCGCCAUGUGGUGGAAGGAAAGGAGCGAAUAGAGAAAGGACCACAGCUCUUGUUCCUGGCUCCCUACGAGCAGUUUGUGGAGCGGUCACAAGGCUUAAGUCUUGGAAGUACUGAAUACGUGCUUGUCAAGGAUAUGCUCACUGGCGAGCGCUGUGUCAUAAAAGGCCCCUGCAUGUGGUUCCCAGGGCCACACGAAGAUGCUAAGAGAGGAAAUGCAGUCAGCCUGAGCCGCACUGAGUACUUGAUCGUGGAGGACCAGCUGACUGGUGAAAAGUCGACAGUGAAGGGUCCUAUGGUUUGGUUUCCUGGACCCUUUGAACGAAGUGGCAGCAAAUUGACUGCAAUUGCUCUGCAAGAAGACGAGUACGUCAAGGUCAAAGAUACGUCAUCUGGAAAGAAAUGGGUGCAAAAGGGGAAGGCCUUGGUGUUUCCAGAGCCGACUUGGCAAGUGGAAGGAGGUGUAUGCAAAGCCUGGGCGCUGAAAUCCUACGAGUACCUAAGACUCAUGAACAAAGUCACCGGAAAGGUCGAGUCUCAUCGUGGGGAGCAAACGGUUUUUCCAGGACCUGAUGAUGAGCUCUUAGAUGGACAGGUGAUGCAAUUGAUUGAUCUGAAAGUCCAUGAGUAUGUCAAGAUCUUGGACCAGUCGACUGGCACAAUUCGAGUUGAAUCUGGCAGCAAUGGAACCAGCAAGCAGGUCUUCCUUGGUCCUCACGACAAGGUGUUGGACAAUGGAAAGAAGAAGGCAGUCGAAGUUGAUGGUGAACACGCAGUGCUGGUUCGCGACAAGAGCUCGGGGCAGGUGCGGCUGGUCACAGAGAAGCAACUCUUCAUUCCUGGCCCAAAUGAAUCAAUUGAGAAGGUGCAAGAGUUGAUCAAACUGGCUGACCAUGAAGCAUUGAUUGUGAAAAACAAGCAAGGCGAGUUCCAAUACUUCUACGGUAGUGAUGAAAAAAGACCAGCAGGACAGCCACGUGCCUUUUUCUUGGAACCUUAUGCCGAAAUUGUCAAGCUCUGCUGGAGCAAGGGCCGGCGCAGAGAGACUCGAAACCUGUUCAUCGAGCGAUUUGAUUGUAGAGCUCAGUUCAUGUCCUUCGAGUUCAAUUGCAGAACAUCCGACAACGUGGAGCUCAUCCUUGAGGGGACCUUCUUCUGGGAGGUUGUUGAUCUUCCAGCAAUGGUGAAAAGCACAGGCGACACCUCUGGCGACCUUUGCAAUCAUGCAAGGUCGCAGUUCAUUCGACACGUGGCCCGUGUCACAUUAAAAGAGUUUAUGGACAGCUCGCACUCGAUCGCCAAGAAGGUCUGGGAGGAAGACACGGGCUUCUAUGCUUCAAGAGGGGUGAAGAUCCAUUCACUGGAAGUAACUCGCUAUCAAUGUGCCGACUCCAGAACUUCUGAAAUUCUGGAACAGAUCAUUCAGGAGACGACCAACCGAAUGAACCGUCUUUCACAAGCUGAGAGUGAAAACGAGGUUAGUCUUUUCCGGACACAAGGGCAGAUUGAGCAAGAGCGCUUGAACGGAGACCUUCUAGCCAUCAAGCACCAGCAUUCGGAGGCUGAGGCAGAAGUCGUUGGAAGAGCCGAAGCCAACAAAGUGGCAGCAUUCAUUGCAGGCCUUGAAGCCAAGGUGCCCAAGCUGGAGGACCGCAUGGCGCUGUGGCAGGUCCUGCGGAAGAAUGAAGCCUUGAGUGCCAUUUCCGAAGGCAAUGCAAGCCUCUACUACACACCUUCAGAUGUGGACCUGUCGAUUGAGGCCAAAAGAUAGGCUUUGGGUCAGAGCAGUUUGCACAUUUCAAUUUUCAGAGACCUGACCGGAGAUUGGUGUCUACAAAAGAAGAUGGGUACCUAAUACCCAAACCAGAAAGAGCAGGGCAUGUCUGAGUUCUUUUGCUUCUCCACCCAAGCGGCGUUUACGCAUCCCCAAGAUUGCUGGCGGGCAAACAACUCUUGCUCUC